CUCAUGAACGUUGCGAAUUGGUCGGACCGAUAUGAUUGAAAAAAAAAAUGUCCUGUUAAUUGUAUCGACCUUUGGACAUUUCUAUCACCAAGUCUCUUACACCAUGGGUUCAUCUUCGCAUAUUGGGGAUGAGAACUCCCUUCUUGACCUCACCGGUAAGGUAGCUGUCGUUACCGGAGCAAACUCAGGGAUCGGCCUAUAUAUCCUUCUCCACAUCGCCCGUUGCGGAGCCAGAGUGUAUCUUGGGGCCAGGACGGAAGACAAAUUUAACAGUGCUGUAGCCCGCCUCAAGACAGAAGGGCUUGACACCAGCAAGGUCAUAUGGCUGCCCUUUGAUCUGAGUGAUCCUAGAAAAGCAAAGGAGUCUGCAAAGUGGCUUUUGGAAAGGGAGAGCCGGCUUGACAUUCUCGUCAACAAUGCAGCAAAAAUCUUGGGUCCGUACGCUCAGACUGCAGAUGGCCUGUCGGAUAGCAUGGUUAUCAACCACAUGAGCCCAUACUUGUUCACAAAGACCCUCUUACCGCUACUAGAAUCGACGGCUCGUCAGCCCGGAUCUGACGUACGCAUUGUGAACGUGUCCUCCGUCGCCCACCGAUGGAUACCAAAUCCUCGAUACGACAGUCUGGAGGCCUUCAACUCUGAUUUCGCCGAUACAUGGAAACCCAAGACGAAUUUGUACGCAUAUACGAAGCUGGCGAAUGUUCUCUGGACGAAGGAGCUUCAGCGGUCAUUCGAUCGUGCUAAUAUUCCCAUUCUCGCCAUGACGGUCCACCCAGGGAAUGUCAUGUCUGAGGGUAACAUCAAACUUUUCAAGUCUCUAAUGUUUGGAACGAUUAUAAACUGGAUCUUUUCGCUAUUCUUCAUCAGCCCAUUUGAUGGAGGGUACACGCCUGCAUGGGCAGCCGCUUCGAAAGCCAUUGCUGAAGACCGCGGCAGGUAUGCUGGGGUGUAUCUCGUUCCAUUUGGAGUGAUAGAGGAGGCGAGCGAGCACGCACAGAGAGAGGACUUGGCGAAGGAUUUGCUGGCGACGACGGACGCUGUCCUUAAGCAGUACGAC